AUGCCGUCAUCUGCUGUUCUGGCCGAUGAAGGCGUCAAGGCCGUCCAGGCUGGAAGGUACGACGAGGGUAUUGCGAAGCUGUCCGACGCUCUCAAGGAGCGCCCUGCGCCCCUCUGGCUGCUCGAACGCUCCAAGGCUUACCUCCGAACCAACGAUUUCGAUCUCGCGCUUUACGAUGCCGAGAAGGCUCUACGUGUUGCUUUCGACCGUGCCAACCGCGACCUGAUGGCCGAGGCUCAGAUCCGACGAGCUGUCACCCUUUUCCGCAUGGGCCAAUACGCCGAUGCCGAUAUCUGUGCCUCCUGGGCUAUCAAGCUCACCGAAGGUGCGAAAGCCUCCGAGGAUGAUGGACAGCAGAAGAAGGUCGACGAGAAUGGCAACUACACCGUACGCGCGAGCGAAAUCAUCGAUGCGAACAAGCCUGCCAAGGGCGACGGCUUGGCCGCAGCCAUGGGAGGCCCUGCUGGAAGAAGCAAGCCGAUCUCCAUACGGAACCAGGCCUUCUCAUGGCGCCUGCAAUCUCUGACUCAGUUGGACCAGCUUCCCGCUGAUCACGCCGGCAGAAAGGUCACUAUUUCGAUCAAGUACCCGACUCCCUCUGAAAACCCACCUACCAAGAAGACCCAGCAGAAGUCCACGGCCAAGGCUGCUGGCAACGGGACUGACAAGCGAACCGAGGAGACUAUCUCGCACGAUGAGACAUCUCAAGCUGACCCAUGGGAGAAAAUCUGGAAGCAAUACAAAGUGGUUUACGGGAAGAACGCAAUUCGGUCAAAUUUCUACCAGACCGACACUACGCUAAACAUUGAUUUCUUCGUCAAGAAUGUACCCAAGGAUGAUUUCAAGAUUCACGCUCGGCCUGAAAGUGUCACCCUAUUUCCCGUACCAGGCACGCUCGAGGCGACACUCGAUCUACUCCUCUUCGCCAAAGUCAAGCCACUCGAGACCAAGCACACCGUCAAGUCGAUGAAGAUUGAACUGGUCCUGCAGAAAGAGACCCCAGGCAAAUGGCCGACAAUGCGUAAAGAAAACGCCGAGAUCAUUGACCACAUUGCACUUGGCACCACCGCUGGGGCUGGGGCUGCUUUCAACCAGUUUCACGCCUUGGUGACUUCCCUGGGAUAUAGAGAGGCCGAGGACCUGCAGCUCCCCGAUUUUGGCAAGGAUCAGAAUGAGUGGUACCGGGCCCUCCUUGGGAAGCUUCGAGCAGGAGUCAAUGGCACCAACAGUCAGGGCUCAUCAGAUGCGGGCGUUCAAGCCACAUCAUCUACCCAAGCCGCAACGCUACCCGAGCAGCCAAAAGGUGAAGCCAUGGAUGUUGACAGCCCUGCGGAUAAGGCAGCCCCUCUGGCCAAACAGACCAACGCGACAAAAGCAACCGGGGGUGUUCCUGCUUACCCCACCUCAUCGAAGAAGGGGCCCAAGAACUGGGACAACCUCGACGUAGACGACGACGAGAAGGAGGAGGGGGACGUUAACAGCUUCUUCCAGAAACUCUACAAGAAUGCCAACGAGGAUACCAAGCGGGCCAUGAUGAAGAGCUACGUCGAGAGCAACGGAACGUCACUGAGCACGAGCUGGUCGGAGGCGAAGGAGAAGGAGUACAAGACUCUUCCCCCGGACGGUGCUGAAGCGAAGAAGUGGGACGAGCAGUGA